AAAAGAAAAGAAAAAAAGAUCCCGCAAAGACAAACUCUCCCGACCCACCCAGCAGCCCUUGAUCGCGUGUUCCUCGUGGCCCCGUGUGUGCCUGUCUGUGCCUGCUCGCUUUCACCACACCUCCACACCCCCGACCCCGUUGCAAAUAGGAUCCAUCCAACAAUGGCCGUCCAAAGCUACCUCGGUGGCAUCCUCGAAGAGCCCUCUAAGAUGAUGUCGCAGUCCAAAAUCCCCGGCCUCUCCGCCCUGCCCAGCUUCAUCCCCCACCGUGUCCGCAGGAAAUGGAGAGCCACGCGCUCGCGCAUACGCAGUCGCCAAUCGCCCACCUCGUCCAUCUCCUCGCUCGAAACCUCUUUCUCCCCCGCCGAUACCCUGCGGUCGCUGCGAACCCACCCGUGGUCCAUAUACGAUGGCCAGUACCUCAUCCUCGCCAUCGUCGCCAUCUUCUCGCUGUGCGUCAGCGAAGCCCCUGGCCCCUUCGCAAAGACCUUCGCCGCCGCUAUGCUCAUGGCUGGCCUGAUGAUGCCCAUAUCGCGCCAGUUCCUCCUGCCCUUUCUCCCCGCUCUCACAUGGCUGUUCCUGUUCUCCAGCUGCAAGUACAUCCCAGCAGAGUACAGACCCACCAUAUCUGUCCGUGUCCUCCCAGCGCUAGAAAACAUUCUGUACGGUGCCAACUUGAGCAAUAUCCUCUCCGCCCACAAGCACACAGUUUUGGAUAUCUUGGCUGUUAUUCCUUACGGUGUCAUCCACUAUGUGUCACCCAUCGUGGUCAGCGGCUGCAUGUUCAUCUGGGGCCCUCCCGGUACCAUGCCCAUCUGGGCACGCGCUUUUGGUUAUAUGAAUAUGACAGCCGUCAUUAUCCAGAUCAUCUUCCCUUGCGCUCCUCCGUGGUACGAGAACAACUACGGUCUCGCUCCCGCCAACUACUCCAUCCCCGGCGACGCUGCGGGCUUGAAGGCAAUCGACAAGUUGUUGGGUAUUGAUCUUUAUACCUCCACUUUCCACGCCUCACCCAUGGUCUUUGGUGCCAUGCCUUCCCUUCACUCCGGCUGGGCCACUCUUGAGACCCUUUUCAUGGGACACUGCUUCCCCAAGCUGUUCCCGGUCUACAUUUUCUACACCAUGUGGUUGUGGUGGUCCACCAUGUACCUCUCCCACCACUAUGCUGUUGAUCUAGUUGCAGGCAGUCUACUUGCUGGUAUUGCUUACUUCUGGGCUCGUGGUAAAUUCUUGCCCCGUGUUCAAGCCGACAAAGAGUUCCGCUGGGACUACGAGUACGUUGAGAUCGGCGACCCACAGGAUACCAGCUACAGCAUGCUCGACAUAUACGAAGAGUUCCACCCGCUUUCCGAUUCCGACGACUGGGCAAGCGGUUCUUCCUCGUCCUACUCCACCGGUGGCAGAAGCCCAUCUGCAGGUGCCAGAUCUCCUGUUGACGACGCACAAAGUUUGUGGGAUGGCGAAACCGUGGGAUCCGACAUUGAGCCAACUCGGUAG